ACUGUCCGUGAACUACAUAUGAGGACGCUCUGCUGUUGAAAGACUUCUCACAGCUCUACUAUGAUUUAGUCAUUUAAUUUAAAUACUGCAAUAUUUACUUACUAGAAAUUGUACCGUACAGGUUUCUUCAUCUCCAAGAAGAACGCGAAAAAAACUAGAAAUGGCCGAGACUCAGGCUUUUGUGACUCUGGCCACUACAGAUGCCUAUAGCAUGGGAUGUAUAGUAGUAGGCAAAAGUUUGCGCAGACAUGGAACGUCAAGGAAGAUAGUGGUGAUGGUUUCCCCCAAUGUUUCUAGAUCAGCCAGAUUGGCUCUGGAGGACAUUUUUGAUGAGGUUUUUGUAGUUGAUGUGUUGGAUAGUAAAGACAAGGCUCAUCUCGCCUGGCUGGGACGUCCUGAAUUGGGGGUCACCUUCACCAAACUACACUGCUGGACCCUUACGCAGUACAGCAAGUGUGUGUUCUUGGAUGCAGACACACUUGUACUGUGUAAUGUGGAUGAGCUAUUUGAAUAUGAAGAACUGUCUGCGGCACCUGAUCCAGGAUGGCCGGAUUGCUUCAACACUGGUGUAUUUGUGUUUCGGCCCUCCCUGAAUACUCACACACAAAUACUGGAACACGCCGCACAGCACGGCAGCUUUGAUGGGGGAGACCAGGGUCUUUUAAACACUUUCUUCAAUGAUUGGGCAGUAAAAGAUAUCAGGAAGCAUCUGCCAUUUGUGUACAACCUGACAGCAAGUGCUGUCUACACAUAUCUGCCAGCAUUUCAGCAGUAUGGCCACCAUGCAAAAAUUGUCCAUUUCUUGGGAGGAACCAAACCCUGGCAUCUUCCAUAUGAUCCACAGGCUGCCAAUGAAUCAUCUUUUAGGGAUUACAGCAAGAACUUUGAGCAAUUCAUCAAUUUAUGGUGGGUGGAGUAUUAUAGUCAAAGACAGACACGAGCUAAAAUGGAGGACAACAAUGAAGAGUAUAAAAGACUACAUUCACUUCAGUCAGCGCAGCAGUUUGUUCCCCCACAGACGCAUCAUUCUCCACCACAAAGCCAAAAGAAAAGCAUUGAAGCCCAGCACACCGAACAGACACCUCUCCAAGAUCUCUCUUUGGAUUCACUGACAAUAAGCUCCUCUAAAAAGCCUGAGGAAACAAAUAUUCUCUUUGAUGCUCUGUCUGCUGUGGAGACUGAAGAGGCUCUUGUUGUAAGCCCUUCAUCUGAGCACACAGAACCAGAAGCUGAUGAAGACUCUGCCGGAGCCACUGGAGAAGCAGCGGCAGCAGAAGCAGAGCAGGAGGAUCUGCAGCAUCGACUGAUGUGGGAAGCAGGACACAUUGAUUAUAUGGGCAAAGACGCCUUCGACAACAUCAAGAAGAAGCUUGAUCUGUUCCUCGAUUAAUUAUGUGUUGAAUUGCUGCAUAUAACACACACUAUUUCUGUUCGUACUGUAUGUGUAUCAACAUCUCAACUGUUACAUUUUCAUCACAUAUAAUAUAAUAUAAUAUAAUAUAAUAUAAUAUAAUAUAAUAUAAUAUAAUAUAAUAUAAUAUAAUAUAAUAUAAUAUAAUAAUUUAACCUACCUCUGAAUAAUACUUAACUGGAUGAUAUAAAAUAUGCUGUGACCUUUUAUUUGCAGUUUUAUGAAAGUGAGAAAAUGUUGG